AUGAUAGAGUCGAAAUAUGAGGGACAAAAGCCUUCUUACUACAAGGUGUGGGAUGCGAAACAAAAGGCGAUUGGGAAGAUGUUUGGGAAUUGGGAAGAGUCUUAUCAAAGGUUGCAAAAGUUGCUAAUGGCAUAUAUUGAUCAGGAUCCGACUACGCAGGUGUUCUAUCGUACCACAUCCACCGGUGAAGAUGACACAGUAUUUUUGAAUUAUGUGUUUUGGUCUUUCGGUCCAAGCAUUGAUGGAUUCAAAUAUUGCAAGCCGGUUAUCAGUAUUGAUGGGACCCAUCUGUAUGGUAAAUAUCAGGGAAAGUUGUUGGUUGCAAUGGCAACCGACGCUAACAACAAGGUAUUCCCUCUUGCCUUUGCUAUUGUGGAUUCUGAGUCAGGGUCUAGUUGGAGGUGGUUUUUACAAUGCCUCAGAGAUGCGAUUGGCCGCGUGAUACCUAACGAAGGCAUUUGCAUAAUUUCUGACCGACAUCUCGGUAUCAAAAACGCCAUUGCAAACUGGCCUAGAAGGGAUGAUGGAAGAGCACUGGUAUUUCAUAGAUAUUGCCUUCGACAUGUUGCUAGCAACUUUAACACACAUUUUCAGAACUCGACUCUGAAGUCAGCGGCGUUGAAAGCCGGAUAUGCUAGUCAGGCAGUGAAAUUUACCUCCAUAAUGGAGACCAUUAAGCAGGCGGAAAUUGAGGCCAUUAGAAAUAAGAAGAAGUUGACGGGGAAGGAUGGCAAGGAAAAGAAUCAAGAUUAUCUUCCAUACACAUACCUAAUGGGCAAGUCUGUCGAUAUGUGGACCCAGUCACAUGAUGGUGGGAGACGUUUUGGGGCAAUGGCAACCAAUAUAUCAGAGUGCUUCAAUGGUGUAUUGAAAGGUGCACGGGGCCUUCCUAUUGCCGCGUUGGUUGAGUUCACUUGGAACAAACUUGUCAGUUAUUUCCACAUCCGUCGCAAAGAAUACCUUUUUGAGUUCUCAGAGGGUAAGAAAUGGAGUAAAUAUGCUUUCUCCAAGUGGGAUGAGAAUAAGAGUAAAUCUGAGAAACAUUAUCUCAAGCCAUUUAGCAAUGAAGAGCUGAUAUUUCAAAUAGUUACCCAACUCAACACGUGUAGUGCAGGAGGGGGAAACCACAGUUAUGAAGUUCGGUUACAGGAAAGAACAUGCAGUUGUGGGAAAUGGCAAAACAUAGGGAUCCUGUGUUCACAUGCAAUCAGAGUAUGUGACUAUUUAAAUAUUGAUUCGACCACAUAUAUUCACCCGUGUUAUGGUUUGAACAAUGCCAGUAACACUUAUAAGCAUGCAUUUGUGGUUCCUAAGUCUCCGGCCUUGUGGAGGGAUCCCAUAGGGCCAAAGUGGUUGCCUAAUCCAGCAUUGUUGCGGGCCAAAGGUCGACCAGUGAAGUCGAGAAUAAGGAAUGAGAUGGAUGGAGUGAGGAAUAAGGAUCGAGAACCGGGAUGGCGGAGGGAGGAUGCAGAUUUGAUAGAGAGUCAGCCCAAGCAGACAUGUGGACUGUGUCAUGCUUCCGGGCAUAACCGCAGAAAAUGUUCGCAGUCCCGUGGCGCUUCCACAAGCGGUCAUGUUCCACACUAG